AUUUCUGAAGUCUGCUUACUUUCGGUUUAUGUUGCUAGCUCUAAGGAUGCUAACAUAACAUUGGGAAACUAUUUUAGUUUGUGUUUACUUUUUAAUUGUUUAUUUUUUUGUUGUUGACCUCUAACCUGGUAGCAUGUUAUGUAGGUACCCAAUUGUAUUGGUGAAGAAGUUAAGUGCACGAUAGAUUUUUAAAAUUAACACAAUUAUUGGAUAAUGCACACCAGGAUGAAAAUUUUGUCAGUGAAUAACGUUACAGAAGCUAUAUUGUAUCAGUGGUCUAAUUUAGGAGGGAAGAUGUAACGUUAAUUACAAAUGUAAGGUGAAAAUUACUACUAAAGAGAGAGUGAAGGUCUAAAAUUAGCCCGUUGAUAUCCUGUUACCAAUAAGCAUAAGUACGUUAACCUUAAGGACUUUUGACAUAGUCGUGAUUUUGUAGGGUACAUGUACAUGUGAGGGCAACCCCUUCCAGCCUGGAUUGACCAGAACGGUGCAAGCCUAAAAUCAGAGCUGGCUGACUGAACAAGGACCAAGAUACCGAUGAGGACUUACUAAUGGAAAUGGAUAAUAAUGCCCCACAGACCUCUUGCUGUGAUACAAGAUGGUCAGAGCAACUGUCAGGCCUUCCUCACAAGCUCCUGCAGCGACUGAUGCCUUUCCAAAGGGAGGGAGUGGAGUUUGCUUUAUCGCGGAAUGGACGGUGUAUGAUUGCUGAUGAGAUGGGUCUUGGGAAGACGGUGCAGGCCAUCGCUGUGGCAUACGCCUUCAGGCAGGAGUGGCCUCUCCUAGUGGUGGUGCCCUCGUCCCUGAAAUACCCCUGGAUUGAGGAGCUGGAGAGGUGGAUCCCUGAGCUGCAGCCUGGAGACAUCAACCUGGUGGAGAACAAGAGCCAGACCAUGGGUUUCAGCAGCAGUAAGGUGACGAUUCUGGGCUACGGCCUGCUCACUACAGAUGCGUGCCUCCUGGUGGAGGCUCUGACUAGGCAGGAGUUUGGCGUGGUCGUGGUGGAUGAGUCACAUUACCUCAAAACCAGGAACGCCGCACGGACUAGGAUCCUGGUUCCUCUCAUUCAGAGGGCCAAGCGGGCCAUCUUACUCACUGGUACUCCAGCAUUGGGUCGACCCAUAGAGCUUUUUAUGCAGAUUGAUGCCCUCUAUCCCAUGAAAUUUGGAACCUGGGCUGACUAUACCAAGAAAUACUGCAACGCCCAUUACAGGUACUUUGGGCCUCGCAAGCAGUGGGACUGUCGUGGGGCAUCCAACCUGCCAGAGCUGCACCAGCGGCUGAGCCGGAUCAUGAUCCGUCGUCGCAAGGAUGAGGUGCUCACUCAGCUGCCCCCCAAAAUCCGCCAGCGUAUCCCCUUCGACCUGCCUAAAGAGGCUGCAAAGGAGGCCUUAGACAGUUUUGCCAAGUGGGAGAGACUUAUGAAGGGACUGGGGUCGGGGGUCGUCGCCACGGACACCUCCUCCACUGAGGUCAUGAGCCUGGUCACACAGAUGUACAAGCAAACAGCUAUAGCCAAGGCGGGAGCUGUGAAGGACUACAUUAAGAUGAUGCUGGAGACAGAGCAGUUGAAGUUCCUGGUGUUCGCCCACCACCUCACCAUGCUGCAAGCCUGCACUGAGGCCGUCAUCGAGGCCAAGGCUGCCUACAUCCGUAUUGAUGGCAGUGUCCCAUCCUCAGAACGAAUCCAGUUGGUCCACAAGUUUCAGAGUGACCUGGAGACACGGGUGGCCAUCCUCAGCAUUCUGGCAGCUGGUCAGGGUUUGACCUUCACCGCUGCCAGCCACGUGGUGUUUGCCGAGCUCUACUGGAAUCCCGGCCACAUGAAGCAGGCUGAGGAUCGAGCCCACCGCAUCGGGCAAACGUCCUCUGUCAAUGUGCACUACCUCAUUGCCAAGGGCACCUUUGACACCGUCAUGUGGUCCAUGCUUAAUAGGAAGGAAACCGUGACUGGCAGCACCCUGAAUGGCAGGAAGGAAUACCUGAAGGCCAACAUGGGUGACAAGGACAAGUGGGACUUCCUCAGCUUUGCCAGCGCAUGGACACCAAGUGAACUGGUGCUGCCACUGGAGGGAAACACAGGAAAUGUGAAAGAUGAUGUGUUCUUUACUUAUUUUGAGAAGGAGAAGCAGCACAACAUUCGUUCCUUCUUCUCCCCGAGCACCAGCAAAGAGAAGAAGAGAAAAAGAACAGAGGAUGAGGAAGCAUCUCCUUCCACCUCCUCAGUGAUGACCACCGCACUGACUGGCAGUGGAACAAACUCUGACAAAAGGGAGGAGAAGAAAGAAAAGUCCUGCGCACAAACACCUGCCACGCUCGACCCGGACUUUUACCCCCAGCUGAAGAGACUGCGGACGCCACAGUCCAGCCCGAGCCUGAGGUCUCGAUUCAGGGGGAAGAGGAGGUUGAUGGCCCCUAGCAUUCUGGUCUCCCCCAUGGCCCCACAGACGGUUUUGGAGCCUGACCCUUCAACUGAAAUGUGGAACUGUGGGGCCUGCACGUACUCCAACAGCAGCCUGUUGCCUUACUGCGAGAUGUGCGAGUUCCCGCACUCUUCAUCUGCUGUCAGUGCAGAGCCACCCAGGCCCCAGCAACCCCCCUCAACUGAGAGUGGCCAGGCAUGCAUCGUCUUCUCCUACUCUGACAGUGAGCCAGAGCUGAGCGGGGGAGAAACCCAGCCUCUGAAAUCGUGCAAAGACAAACAGAGCAAGGAGGAAGAGAAGACGGAGGAGGAUGAGCCUCUGAAAGACAAACAGAAACUAGGAGAAGCAGAGGACAAGGACAAGUGGCGGCUCCAAGACAAACAAUCAGACGGAGAGCGAGGUGACAACGUUUCUGACAGUGGCAGCUCACUCCCCCCAGACCACACACAGGACCAGAGAGCUGCAGCGUGUUUGUCUUCAGCUGCUGAUGCUAAUGACGAUGAUGAGGGCAAGGAUGAAGAUGAUGCCAGCACUGUCUAUCCCGUCUACCUGGGCCUGCAGUUCUGUGCCAGCCAGCACACAGACCGAAUAUAUCUGUACUCCAAGGAUGGUACUGCGUUGAACCUGAGCUUUGUCCCUCUGGACAUCAAACUAACCAACUGGGAUGACCUGCCUGAGGCCUUCAGCCGGCGUCGGGAAAAUCGAAUACAGGUGCUGAGGUUUGUUCAGGAGUGGAGCAGCCUGGCAGCCAUGAAGCAGAAACUGCUUCGACACAGCGGCCUCCUCUUCCACAGCCCUGCUCUGGGCUUGCAGCGGCUGGCUGCCACCCAGCCCCCUCACUCCAGCACCAAGAGAUACCUCAGCAGAGAUGAUGUGGCCCUGGUCUCCCUGAAAAAGGCCCAGCAGGAGGGAGGCAGUGUCCAAUUGGUCACCAAGGAAAACUUCUUCACUAGGCGGAGGUCUGCCUCUUCACUAAUACCACCUGUGUCAGAGAGGCAGGACAAGGAGUCUUGUAAGGUGUUAGAGGACCAGCCAUCAUCAGAGCCUGGCUACCUACAAGCUAUGGACAGUAAAGGUGUCCCUCUGUGUCUGUCCUGCCAGCAGGCCUGCUCUACCGCUACCUGGAGUGCUCAAUUCUGCAGCCACAGGUGCCAGGAGGAAUUUCACUUGCGCUCCAGACAGUCGUACAUGCGCUCGCUGGUGCUGAAGGUGGAGCAGGGCGUCUGUCAGCACUGUGGCCUCAAUGCCCAUGACCUGUUUCGGAAGGUUUACGAUGCCCCGCCCUCUGAGCGCAAGAAGAUGCUGGAGAACAGUUGGCUUGCCCAGCUGUCACUCAAACAGUUGAAUAAGAUGAUCUGCGCUCCAGUCGAAGGAGACUUCUGGCAGGUUGACCACAUCCGGCCGGUCUACAGUGGAGGAGGACAGUGCUCUCUGGAAAACCUGCAGACGCUCUGCACCGUCUGUCACAAAGCCAGGACGGCUCACCAAGCCAAAGAAAGGAGCCAGAUGAGGAAGAACUCUGCAGCCGCCAUGGUUGCGACAGACAUCCGCAGUUUCUUCUUUAGGAAAUGAAGAGAUUUAGUGUGAUGGAGAAGGGCCAAUAAAAGCCUGCACAGCACACUGCGUGGAGCCGCCAGCUCUCCAAUCCGUGGCUGAAUCCUGCUGUGGUUUGAUUCUUGCCUGCCAUACUCUCUGCUGUGAUCCCUCUGUGUCUGUGACCCUUCCUGCCCUUCAGCAAGGGAAAGGAAAGAGAUGCUAGGGUGGCCGUACCCCACUGCUUUCCUCCAGGAAUGAAAAACAGGAACAGCACUGUCUCUGUCUUGCCAAAGCACCUUUGAUAUUCUGUCAUUUGAUGGGAUGUGGAACCUCAUUAUAGAAAAGGAAUGGACCUUUGCAGUGUUGUGGUACAAUGCUGAGAAAACUUGCAUACUAAA